ACUAAAACAUGGCCGAUGAGAAGACCCUACACUGAAUCCUGGUGGAAACCGAACAAAACAAGGGGGAGCAUCUUCAUGGACUCACCUCCACCUAAAGAGUUCCUCCCUUGGCCUAAAACGUCUCCACCUUUUAAGAUCAAUUCGGAUGCCACGAAACUGCCGGUGUACCCAAGGCUCGCGAAUCCGAUCGAGGCUAGGAUUUUUCGAUCCGUUCUCGACUCAUUUAACCUUGGAGAUAACCAAGGCGUGAGGUGGUUCGUAAUGGCCGACGAUGACACCAUAUUUUUUCUAGAGAAUUUAGUUGAGACGUUGGCAAAAUAUGAUCAUACCAAGCAUUAUUACAUCGGGAUGUACUCGGAGUCAGUCAUCUCGAACUUCCUUUUCGCCUACGACAUGGCGUACGGUGGUGCCGGAUAUGCUCUGAGCUAUUCACUGGUGCAACAACUUGCCCCAUUGAUGAAUGAUUGCCUGGAAAGAUACCCGUUCAGCCAUACCAGUGACCAUUUAACAUCCUCUUGUUUAUUCGACUUGGGGAUUUCUCUGAGUAUUGAAAGUGGUGUCCAUCAGAUUGAUCUUCUCGGUGAUAUAUCGGGCAUGUUAUCAGCUCAUCCGCCGACACCGAUCAUCACGCUUCACCAUUUCGACAACAUAGACCCAAUAUUCCCCAACAAGAACCGAACCAACGCGGUAAAACACCUGAUGCAAGCAGCCAAAGUCGACCAAUCACGUUUAGCACAGCAAACAAUAUGCUACAACAAGCGAAAGAGCUGGUCCAUCUCCAUCUCAUGGGGUUACUCGGCUCAUAUAUACGAAACCAUCAUCCCUCGGAGCAUUCUGAAGAAACCCCUCGAGACAUUUAAGCCCUGGAAAAAUGGUCCGCCCCCAUUGUUCAUGUUCAACACCAGGCCAAUCACAAACGAUCCGUGCCAAGCUCCACAUGUGUUCUUCAUGGAACACGUUAGGAGAUUGAAAGGGGAUUCCUUGGUUCUCUCUACGUAUAAACGACGAGCUCCGCGUCGGUUAGGAACCUGUUUGUUCGCCGGAAACCAUACCGCGGACGACGUCCAAAGAAUUCGAGUCUUUUCGAAUGCAACGGUUCGCAAGCAGCCUGGAAAAAUCGAAUGCUGCAAUGUUUUGAACAUGACUGGCUCGAAUAUUAUGAACAUCAAGUUGAGGCAAUGCAGGAAGGGUGAAGUAAUUGCAUAGUCGGAUGAUGUUAGUUCUCUUGUUCAUCAUACAUGCUAUACAUCGAGUUUCAUUUGUAUUUAGUAGAAAAAUACAUAU